AUGGAUCGUCUCGAAUUACAAACCUUGGCGGAUGAAACUUGGGCGCAGUACGAACGAGACGAACGUAAACGACUUAUUAUUGGCAAGGAUCCGCUCAUUAAUGAACUUAAUGACGAUGAUGAUGACGAAGACGGUUUUGAAGAAUAUGACGAAGAUGGAAAUCAUCAAUUUAAAAAGAAGAAACACAAGAAAUUAUUCAGCAAGGGAUAUUACGCAAGUAGACAAGCCUUGUCCAGAGCCGAACUCCUGGCCGAAUGCAACCGUGUCAUGGGUGAAUACGAAAAAGCAGAGGCGGCCAAACGGAAGGCCCAUAAAAAAGCCAAAGAUGGAAACAUGGUGGACGACGAUGGCUUUGUGACCGUGUCCUAUUCUUCGAAUACAGCAACUGGAAAUGCCGCACAAGGAGGUAUUCACAAUCUGUUGGAAGAAAGCAUUACCACCAACUACCACCUCUCACAGUCGACCCAAUGCGCCACCGCGAAGGCGCAACAACAACAACAACAAAAAGAAAAAGGGAUCGGACGAGUUGCAAGACUUUUAUCGAUUUCAACGCAAGGAACACAAGAAACGGAGUUUGGCUGA